GAAAAAUAACAUAAUUUUCUAAUCUAAGUACAAAAUCAAAACAUCGCAAAAUUUCGAACCCCAAAUUAAACCAGUUGGCUAGGGUUUCUCGAUACUGCAAGACAAACGAAAAGCGCUGUUCCUUUGAAGGAACUCAUCCGCUGUGUCGUGCGCAAGAAAGAAGAUUGUUUUGCCGGAAGUUACAGACUGGACCUGUAUUCAAGGAAGUGGAAUUAAUCUUUUAAGCAAUAUAUCAGUCUAAUUAUGAAACCUGUACCUUUUGACUCAUCGGAAAAUUCUUAGUGCAUCAUUUUCUGUUGUUUCCUAACGGAUAAUUAUUUAUCACCAAGAUUAUGAUAUCCUUGUUAUUUGUUUCUCAUUUCUCAUUAUUUUUCCGCCCCUUCUAUACUUGCUUGUGGAUGUAUUGCUCCUCACGAAUUAUAUAGACUGCAUGUUUGACCUUUUCCUUUACUCCGGCAUCAAUCAUUGUCCAUAUAUCAAGAUAUUCACUGCUUCAUUAUUUUGCACCUGCUGAGCAUCAUGUUCCUACUCUGAAAUUCAGCAUUCUUGCCUUUUUCUGUUGGACUACAUUUUUUCAUCCCUUGUUUUAGAAUCGUGCACUUUGAAACUCCUUUGAGUCAUACCUCAUGGAACCUAAAUUCAAUCCAAAUUCUUACUUCAGAGCUCCUUAUGGUCUUUGUUUCUUUGUUUUUUCUUGGUUACUGCUGGUCCACAUUUUUCUUCGUUCCUUCACAAAUGCAUCCAGCUUCUGCUUUUUUCACAUAGCUUGCAUUAGAAGCUUGUUAUAUUGGAGUAAAAGAUGCCAAUUACACGAUCCAGUGGUGCAGCUACUAAGUCUGCCGAAGCUGAAGAACGUAUUGAGCUCGGUUCAUAUGACAUGGAGGAGACCUUAGAGGAAGAGGUUGAGUAUGAAGAAGUAGAGGAAGAAGUUGAAGAGGAAGAAGAGGAAGAAGUUGAAGAGAUGGAGGAAGAGGAGGAAGAGGAAGAUGAUGUUCAUAGACAAGAUGCGCGAAAGGAGCUUGAUAGUGAUGAUGACAUUGGAAGUGCUGAAGCUGAUGAGGAGUUGGAAAAGAAACACGCAGAGCUUCUUGCGCUUCCUCCACAUGGUUCAGAGGUGUAUCUUGGUGGGCUUUCACCUGCUACAUCUGAAAACGACAUCAAGCGCUUUUGUGAGUCGAUUGGCGAGGUUACAGAGGUUAGAAUAAUGAAGGGAAAGGACUCGAAAGAAAAUAAGGGGUAUGCUUUUGUAACCUUCAGGACCAAGGAACUUGCUUCUAAGGCUAUUAAUGAGCUUAAUGGUUCUGAAUUGAAGGGGAAAAAGGUGAGGUGUUCGUCGUCUCAAGCAAAACAUAAGCUGUUUAUUGGUAAUAUCCCCAGAAACUGGGGGGAGGCGGAUAUGAAGAAAGUUGUGAAUAAAGUAGGGCCUGGUGUUGUUGCUGUGGAACUUCUAAAGGACCCACAAAACUCAAGUCGGAAUCGAGGAUUUGCAUUCAUUGAGUAUUAUAACAAUGCUUGUGCUGAGUAUUCAAGGCAAAAAAUGUCUAAUCCAAAAUUCAAACUUGAUGACAAUGCUCCUACUGUGAGCUGGGCAGAUCCAAGAAAUGCAGAAUCUUCGUCUUCUCAGGUUCUUGCCGCACAGAUCAAAGCUGUCUAUGUAAAGAACUUGCCGAAAGAUGUAACUCAAGAUCAGCUUAAAGACUUGUUUGAACAUCAUGGGACGAUUACAAAAGUUGUUCUUCCUCCAGCUAAACCUGGACAAGAGAACAGCAGAUAUGGUUUUGUGCACUUUGCGGACAGGUCAAGUGCUAUGAAAGCUCUAAAGAACACAGAGAAAUAUGAGCUUGAUGGACAAGUACUAGAAUGCUCCCUUGCAAAGCCUCAGGCGGAUCAGAAAACGACUGGGAUAUCAAGUUCUCAGAAAGCAGCUAUAUUACCGACCUAUCCACCUCACAUGGGAUUUGGCUUGACACCCUUUGGGGCUCUAGGUGCCAGUUAUCCUGGUGCAGGCUUCCCACAACCACUACUCUAUGGAAGUGGAGCUUCUCCUGGCAUGGCCAUGAUGCCAAUGCUUAUGCCCGAUGGCAGGAUUGGAUAUGUCUUGCAACAGCCGGGUUUGCAGCCACACAUGCUUCCGCCACCUCAAAGUGGCGGCGGUCGGGGGCGGAGCAGUGGCAGCAGCUCUUCUAGCGGCGGAAAACGUGUCGGCAAUAGUGGUCGUGAGCGUAGCCGUUAUAAUCCUUAUUGAUUCUCCUGAGAUAAUUAUGUAUUUUUUUUAUUAUUCAUCAGAGUUUGUUUAUAACUAUUGGGUUGGACAAGCCCGUGUUUGCUUGCGAUCUGGUUGUGGGUUUUGGUAAUGGGGAAGAAAAACGUUUAUUAGAAGCAUUUGGGGCCGAUUGAAAUAUAUUUAUUUUUUACCCAUUUUUAACUCAAACUCUUAACUUUAUUUUGAUUAAUUUGAAUCUCUUAUUUUUAUCAAUAAAAUCAAAUAAUCAUCCGUAUACAUCAAAUUAAUAAAAUUCACUAGUUUUUCAUUCAUAUAUUUUAACUACCC